UCCUCUCCUGACUGAGACAGAGUCUCUUACAUGAUCAGGAAGACUGACACAAACAUUUUGGAGAAAAACUUGCUUGUCUGUUCGCUUUGUAUGAUGACAACAUACUCAGAUCAAGACUCAGAACCCAUCCAUUAUAUUGAUGCCAUUACUGAGUCUCUGAACCUUGGCGAUUAUAAUGUCAAGAAAAUCGAGUUCUUCAAGAUUGAACACGGAUUGGAUCAAGCAUGGCAUACAGUGUUGCCACAAUUUGAAGGCUUCAAGACCACUUGUGAUGAACUCAAGAAACAACUCAAAUUUAUCAAGAAGAGCAAGCACUGGGAGCACCUAGUGCAUAUCCACUUUAAAACAAAGGACUUGAUAAACUCACUCUUCAGCUCUGAGCUAAUGAAGAACUACACCAAACAACUUCAUUGCGCAGAGUUUAGAGAGACGAGAGGAUAUAAAACCUUUGUCAGCGAUGGCAUCCAGACUGCUUCCAGAAACAAAGUAAAGAAGAUUCAGGAGACUAUUAUUGCUACACAAGUCAAUCUUCUCAAAGAGUCACUCAGAAGAGCAACUGAGAGAGACAAAGAGAAGAACGUCCAACUGGAAAGACUGGAGCAAGAUAAGGAAGAGCUCGAUCAGACAAUUCAAGCUUUGAUUCAAGAGAAGAAUAACUUCGAGCAAGUUUCCUCACAAAAACAGCAACAAGUUCUAAACCUUACCCAAACAGUUCAGACUCUCACAGAAGAACACAAAGACCGCAAUAGCCUCAUCGAAGAAAUGAAGGAGAAAAUACUCAGCCAGGAGAAUACUUUAGAGCAGUCCAAACACACUCUCAGCCACCAGGAGUUCAAAAAGGUUCAAAAUUCAAUCUGCCGGUCUUCAAAUUCAUUCAACGAGUCUUCAGGCGUUGACAUUAACUUGAGCAAUACUUCUAGCCAAGACUUAUUGAAGACUUUGCAGUUGUUCCGACUCCCUCCUCUAGCCAGUCUAGACGUUUGCAACAUUCGUUACUUCAACCAUCCUGAAGUAAUAACGAAGUUUGUAGAAAACUCUCUGAGCGAACAUAUUAAGCACUUCCGCUUCAGUAUUGGUAAUGGCUCCUGCCCUUCGAUCUCUGCUUACAUGGGUUCUCUCCAAAAGACCCUUCCUCUCAUUCCUGACAAAGUAGAACUUGUGCAUUGGUCAAUAACCAAGCAGGAGUUCGAAGACCUCAUGGCUUCUUGUCAGCACUCCAAGUAUGUCUAUUUUUGAGCCUGUAAAAUCUUGACUGACUCAGGAAUCGAUUUUGGAGAUAGAUUAGACCAGGCUUCCUUCACUACCAUUGACUUUAAUUACACUGGGCAUAGUAGUUACGACAACUGGAGCAAGAACGGGUUCGUGAAGUUUAAGAAUAUUGUCAAGGGCUUUGCAAAGGUGGAGAGCAUCAAGAACAGACCCAUUGACAUUCAUUUGGGCGACUGUGGAAUAUCUAAGAGUCAGGCUGAGAUUAUAUUACAGGAAAAUGGAUUGACAAAGAUGAAUGUGAAAAGGUUGUAAUCAAAUAUGUACAGAGAAAGAGUAAUUCAAUAGAUCUUUAUUAG